CGGGACUCGCCUGUUCCCUGGGCGACGGUCAACACAGGCAGGGCUGCAAAACACAGCUGGGCACAGAUGCUGUCCCAGCCUGGAGUGUUUUUGGUCCCCAUCUGCCACUCUCUCUGAGCUCGAGAUCCGGUGUGGGACGAUGUGGGAACACCUUGUGCAGGUUAUUCUGGGUUAAGACGAGAGAGUCUCAACCAGUCUUUCUCUUUUCUUUCUUCUCUUCCUCUCCUGCUUAUCUAGCCUGCCAUGGGCAGCCAACACACUGGGCUUCCUAGAACCACAUCAUCAGGGUACCAACUGCCCCCUACCAGGCAGCUUGCCACAAUUUCCCCGGGCCGGGAUGGCCCGGCAGCAGGCAGGGCUCUCGUGGGUGGUUCCCAGGGGACUCUAGCCCCGGGUGUGCAGCAGGACCAGCUGUGGAGGGAGCUUGUGGAAGCCGAAGCGCGGGGCCAGCGGCGUUGGGCUGAGAAUUGGGGUUUCCUGAAGGACUAUGACCCUCUGCGUGUGACCUGGGAUGUCUCCUCCCCUCAGGGAAAUAAGAAGGAGCCUCAGGAGCUGCCUGCAAAUGUGCCCUUCUUCUCAGACACCUUCCCUUCCUCCACAAGCCGGGAAGUGGGCAGCAGGGUGGACACGCCUCUGGGGAGAGCCCUCAGCCACAUGGACUUCUUCUUUGUGGAAGGCACUCGGAAGAAGAAGCCAGAGGAUGAGCUGCAGCCAGUGUAGAGCCAGCUCUUGGGGCUGGUCACAGCAGCUAACCAUCAACAUCAACCAACCAGACUCCCGCCCAGAGCUCCCUGGACUAAACCACCAACCAAAGAGAACACAUGGAGGAACCCAUAGCUCCAGCUGCAUUUGUAGCAGAGGAUUGCAUUGUCUGGCAUCAAUAGGAGGAGAGGCCCUUGGUUCUGUGAAGGCUUCAGUGUAGGGGAAUGCCAGGGUGUUGAGGUGGGAGUGGGUGGGUGGGAGUGGGAGCAUCUUCAUAGAAGCAGGGGGAGGAGCGAUGGGAGAGGGAAGGAAAGGGGAUAACAUUUGAAAUGUAACUACAUAAAAAGUAUCCAGUAAGGGUUGGGGAUUUAGCUCAGUGGUAGAGCGCUUGCCUAGCAAGCGCAAGGCCCUGGGUUCGGUCCCCAGCUCCGAAAAAUAGAAAAGUUAAAAAAAAAAAAGUAUCCAGUAAAAAGUAAAUAGGGGCUGGAGAGAUGGCUCGGUGGUUAAGAGCACCGACUGCUCUUCCAGAGGUCCUGAGUUCAGUUCCCAGCAACCACAUGGUGGUUCACAACCAUCUGUCAUGAGAUCUGAUGCCCUCUUCUGAUGUGUCUGAAGACAGCUACAGUGUACUCAUAUAUAAUAAAUAAAUAAAUCUUUAUAAAUAAAUAAAUAAGAAAAAAAGAAA